AUGCCGCGCUCCUUCCUCGUGGACUCGCUGGUGCUGCGCGAGGCUGGCGAGAAGAAGGCGCCCGAGGGCAGCCCGCCGCCGCUUUUCCCCUACGCCGUGCCCCCGCCGCACGCGCUGCACGGUCUCUCGCCCGGCGCCUGCCACGCGCGCAAGGCCGGGUUGCUGUGCGUGUGCCCGCUCUGCGUCACCGCCUCGCAGCUGCACGGGCCCCCGGGGCCGCCUGCGCUGCCGCUGCUCAAGGCGUCUUUCCCGCCCUUCGGUUCACAGUACUGUCACGCGCCCCUGGGCCGCCAGCACUCGGCCGUGUCGCCCGGGGUCGCUCACGGCCCCGCCGCUGCAGCCGCCGCGGCCGCGCUCUACCAAACCUCCUAUCCGCUGCCGGAUCCCAGGCAGUUCCACUGCAUCUCCGUGGAGAGCAGCUCGAGCCAACUGCCCAGCAGCAAGAGGAUGCGCACGGCGUUCACCAGCACACAGCUGCUAGAGCUGGAACGCGAGUUCGCCUCCAAUAUGUACCUGUCGCGCCUCCGCCGCAUCGAGAUCGCCACCUACCUGAAUCUGUCCGAGAAGCAGGUGAAGAUCUGGUUUCAGAACCGCCGCGUGAAGCACAAGAAGGAGGGUAAGGGCAACAAUCACCGCGGCGGCAACAGCGGCGGCGGCAGUGGUGGCGGCGGGUCUGCAGGUGCAGGCGCUGGUGCCGGCGGCGGCGCGCCACAAGGCUGCAAGUGCGCGUCGCUCUCCUCAGCCAAGUGCUCCGAGGACGACGACGAAUUGCCCAUGUCUCCGUCCUCCUCCGGGAAGGACGACCGAGAUCUCACGGUCACUCCCUAA